AUGAAAAAGAAAGGGGUUGAUGAAUUUCAUUCUUUUGUGCAUCUUGUUUCUUGGGAGAGAGAAAAUGUGUCAAGGGAAGCCCUUGAAGCCGCACGCAUUGCAUGCAACAAGUAUAUGGCUAAGUUCUCUGGAAAAGAUACUUUUCAUCUUCGGGUUAGAGUGCAUCCCUUCCAUGUCUUGCGCAUCAACAAGAUGCUUUCCUGUGCUGAAGCUGAUAGGCUCCAAACUGGUAUAUGUGAAGCCCCAACGGACUUGUGCAAGGAUACAAAUGGAAACCCUGCACAAGAGGCUCUCAGAAGAGCUAAAUUUAAAUUCCCUGGCCGACAGAAGAUUAUAGUGAGUCGCAAAUGGGGUUUUACCAAGUUUAGCAGACAGGAUUAUAUGAAGUGCAAGCAAGAGAACAGGAUCAUGCCUGAUGGAGUUAAUGCAAAACUCUUAGGUUGCCAUGGGCCUCUUGCUAAUAGGCAGCCUGGAGCGCAUUCCUAG